GCGCAGGACACGCCUCUGGGCUGAAUGGAGCGUGCCGUGCGUAAAGUCCGACUUAAGCGAAUCCAAACUUCUCCAGUUCUUUAGGUUGUAAUAAGUGUUCAAUCCACAUUGCUGGCUGGUUUAUGGUCGACUAAAUGCAGCGAUGAGUCGAGAGGAAGAUCUCACCCGGAUCGCCAAAAAACUGGACAAGAUGGUGUCUAGAAAUAACACGGAUGGCGCUCUGGACCUGCUGAAAGAGCUUAAAGGCUUCAAUAUGACACUGAAACUUCUCCAGGAAACAAGAAUCGGCAUGUCUGUGAACAGUAUCAGGAAGCACUGCACAGAUGAAGAAGUUAUUGCUUUAGCAAAGGUUCUCAUUAAAGACUGGAAGAGACUUCUGGAAUCCUGCCAUUCUCACUCUGAGAAAAUGAAGAAUGGUUUGGACUCAGACAAAAUUGCAGCGGCUCCAAACAGCUCGCCCUCUGAGACACAGAGCAGUCACAGGAGACUGGAUGUCAAACAUAAACAUGGCUCUGACCCUGACAACAAACACUCCGAUGCAAAUAGAAAAGAAAAACAGAAUGGUGACCACAUAAACAAAAAGAGCCAUGCAGAUGACCCCAGGGAGGAAAAGCACCUUGAAGACCUCCAAAAUGAGAGACAUCUAUAUGAAAUCAGAGAGGAGAAACAAACAGAAAAUCCCAAAGUAGAGAUGGAUAACAAGAAACAGAAACAUGCACAAGACCUGCAGAGUGAAAAACCAAAGUCCGACCCUAUAAAGGACAGAUCUUUGGAAGAUCUGAAAAAGGUGAGGCAUGUAGAACAACUCAAAAAAGAGAAACAUCCUGAGGAGCUGAAGAAGCAUGUGGAUGAUGUGAAGAGGGACAAACACAGAGAAGAGAGCAGAUGUGACAGACCACCUCAACGAGAGAGGCCGCCGAGUGAGCCUCUCAGAGAUAAGCCCGCCAUUCUUCACAAACCACUGUUUGAAAGGAGAGGAGUGCUGGACAGCAGUAUUCUGUAUCCCUCCCGGUUUCCCUCCCCUCCUCGCCCUGCUCAGCCUCCGAUGCCCAUCAAACGUACUGUUUUGGACAUGAAAAAAGACAGGAAGGACAGUAAAGACUCUUCCUCCCAACAUCCUCGCCCUCAUCCUCCUCGAUCUGCCUCUCCUCCGACUAAGCGACCUGCUGUAGAAGUCAAGAAAGAAAGGAAAGUUCCACCAGACCCCAAUGCUCCAAUAGCUCCUCUUCCUCUCCACCUUCAUCCUCCUCCACCAAGAAAAGAGCCUCCUGACCCCAACGCUCCUCUUCCUCCUCUACCUCUUCACCUUCACCCCCCUCCUCCUCAGAGGCGUUCCUCAUUAAAUGGGAAAAAGGACAGAGAGAGGAAGUCAUCCACAGACUCAAAACCUCCUUCACAGAAAAAGCCUGCAGAUAUUGUGAAGAAAGACAGGAAAGACUCAGUGGAUAGCAAAGUGUCUAAAAAACACUCAGAUGAAGCCAAGAGAGAAAGGAAAGAUUCAUCUGACUCUAAACUGCCUCCUCCUAAAAAGCCCAGUGUGGAGGGCAAAAACGAAAAACACAGAAAGGAUUCGUGUGACCUAAAAGCUGGUCAGCCUGCGAAACGCCAUUCAACUGAUGCCAAACCUGACAGACGAGAAUCCACCGAUUCAAAGAAAAGCAGCUCACCACCAGGAAAGAAGCUAACAGGCGAAAGGAGAGACUCUCUGAGCUCCAAACCUCCUCAGCCUGGACCACCACAAAGGAAGCUCUCCACUGACAGCACUGAGAGAAAGGGUAAAACCGAAACCCCUAGAACUCCCACCACCCCAACCAGCCCAAUGUCACCCGGCUUCAGUUCUGUCGGGGGUCCGCUUCCCCCUCACCUGACCACCGGAGCCUCUAUCAGAGACAAGUGCAUCGAGAUGCUGGCAGCUGCCCUGCGCACAGACAAUGAUUAUAAAGAUUUUGGAGCAAACUGUGACAGCAUGGCAGCAGAGAUUGAAGAUCAUAUCUACCAGGAAAUAAAGGCCACUGAUAUAAAAUACAAGAACAGAGUGCGGAGUCGCAUCAGCAACUUGAAGGACCCUAAAAACCCGGGGCUUCGCAGAAAUGUUCUUUCAGGCAGCAUCGAGUUAAGCCGCAUCGCCACCAUGUCUGCAGAGGAAAUGGCCAGUGAUGAGCUGAAACAGCUGAGGAAUGUUCUCACCCAGGAAGCCAUCAGAGAGCACCAGAUGGCAAAAACUGGUGGGACCACCACAGACCUGCUUCAGUGCGGCAAGUGCAAGAAGAGGAACUGCACCUACAACCAAGUGCAGACACGUAGUGCUGAUGAGCCGAUGACCACAUUUGUUCUGUGCAACGAGUGUGGUAACCGUUGGAAGUUCUGCUGAUACCUUCAAGAUGAAGCUGCAUUUUCUUGAGCAUCUUGAAUCACUAUUUUCUAUAAUUGAGGGAUGGGGGUGCGGGGGGGGUGGGGGCGGGGGGGUGGAGGUUAUGAAUUACUGCUGCCGAUGCUUUGAACAGAUAAUGGUGUUCUUAUGAUUUUUACUUUUAAAUUCUUCAGUUUUAAGAUUUAUACGCAUAUGCAGGUAUUCCAGGUUUGCUUCAUGUGAACUGGACGGCUGAGUGUGAAUGUCCUUUUGAUGACUGAGUCAUGAAAUUAACCCAAUUAAAAUUUAAAAAUAAGGAUCAUGGUGCUGUCAGGAUGCAGAGAUUCAUAAUUCAGUUAAUAUGCCAUGUUUUAUUGCAGCUACUCACUUUGUACAUUUCUAAUUUCAAUAAAACUGCAUAAAUCAUCACUGUUUUUUAAAACCUUCAUUUCACAGCCAUUGUCCUGUUAAGUCACAGUAUAAUUUGUGCAUGCAUUAUAUUAACUGCAAUCCAAUACACAGCAUUUUAGGAGAUACUCGGCAUUUCAUCAGUUUCUACUUACCGUACUGAUCAAUAAUAAAUCAAUACUGCUCUGCAGCAAGACAUUUAAAAGCUGUGUUAACAAUUUAAAGUUGCAUUGCACGUUCAGUCUAUAAAUUUUCCACACCAAUAUAAGAGGAUUAACACUGAAAGUACAACAGAAAUUACAAUGACCAUGAAUAUAUACU